CUCGCUCGAAGGACUUCGCAGGAACUCCGUGGGAUCUUGGGAGCCUUCCACACACAGUGCAGGAUGGGCGACUGGAGCGCUUUGGGCCGGCUGCUCGACAAGGUCCAGGCCUACUCCACAGCUGGAGGGAAAGUGUGGCUCUCCGUCCUCUUCAUCUUCCGCAUCCUGGUCCUGGGCACCGCCGCCGAGUCGGCCUGGGGCGACGAGCAGUCCGCGUUCAAGUGCAACACCCAGCAGCCCGGCUGCGAGAACGUCUGCUACGAUAAGUCCUUCCCCAUCUCGCACGUGCGCUUCUGGGUGCUGCAGAUCAUCUUCGUCUCCACGCCCACGCUGCUGUACCUUGGGCACGUUUUCCACCUGACGCACAAGGAGCAGAAGCUGAGGAGGAGGGAAGAGGAGCUGAAGGUGAUCCGCAAGGAGGGUGCCGAUGUGGACGUCCCUCUGAAGACCAUCGAGCUCAAGAGGUUCAAGUACGGACUGGAGGAACACGGGAAAGUGAAGAUGAAGGGCGCCCUCCUCCGAACCUACAUCGCAAGCAUCGUUUUCAAGUCCGUCACGGAGGUGGGUUUCCUGGCGAUACAGUGGUACAUUUACGGGUUCCGUCUGGCCGCCGUUUACACGUGCGAGCGAUGGCCCUGCCCCCACAAGGUCGACUGCUUCCUCUCCCGUCCCACCGAGAAAACCAUCUUCAUCCUCUUCAUGCUGGUGGUGUCUCUCGUUUCCCUCCUCGUCAACAUGGUUGAGCUCAUCUACGUCCUCGUCAAGAGAAUCAAGGAUCAGGUGAAGAUGAAGGAAGAGCGCUUCCAUUGCAGCGCGAGCCUAGAGCCUGCUCCCAAGGACCUUUCCUCCUCAAAGUACGCCUCCUACAACGGCUGCUUCACCAUCGCGGCCCCCAUGGCGCCCCCGGGCUACAAACUGGCCACCGCGGUCGGGAGCAGCUCCCGCCGUAAUUCCAACAAACAGGCCAACGAACAAAACUGGGCGAACUACAGUGCCGAGCAGAACCAGCUGGGCCGGAACGGCAGCACCAUCUCCAAUUCUCACGCCCAGGCCUUCGAUUACCCAGAGGGCCACAGGCACGAUGACGCGAAACUCAACGCUCCGUCCGGACUCCGGCAGCUGGGGCUCAUGGAUCCCCGACCGGCCAGUCAGGCCAGCAGUCAGGUGAGCAGCCGCGCCAGGCCAGACGAUCUUGACGUUUAGGCAUCGCUGGAGCUCUUCGCCAAGGGACGUCUGCGACAUUCUGCUGUCCUUCGGAAACUUUGUAAUGCCCAGAUUGCGACAUAUUGUGACGCGUACAUUAAUAUGUAUUGUGCAGUGUGGAGCUACUUCUUACCACAAACAUUGUAACACAACAGAAAGAAUUGUGAAUGAUGGGGAAAAAAGCCCAACAUUUAUCUGUCUUUUCUAGCCAAAAAACAGAGUAAUUUUUUUUUUAAAAUCACCGCACCCUGAUGUGCUGAAGAUUGAUGUUCAACUGUUGCGCACCCUCACAGUAAUACUGCAGCA